CUCUGCCCCAAUUCUUGCUUCCACUGGAAGCUAAAAGAGUAAUAGUAGCAGUUCCAACAUCCAACAGGCGAUGCUGCGAGCCGGUUCCACCGCCGCCGGCCGUGCCAUCCGGCUGCUACACCGCAGCAGCAGCAUCACCGCCCGCCAUUAUUAUGCAGUAGCUACUUCCUUUCUUCCAAAUUUGACUGCUCCUCUUGGUCUCCCAAUAAGCAACAAUGACAGUUUUGAUCAUAGUUUCCAUAAUAAUGUGAGCUGUAAGUGUACCACGCUUGGAUUUUCAGCUUAUUCCACGGUGGCAGGGACGGCUGCGGCCGCAACGAGUUCUUCUGAAGUUGAUUUUGUAAAUUUGGCGGUAGAAGCAGAGUUGCCGCGGUUGAGCUGUGGAGGAAUCGGGGAUGCGUAUUCAGCGAUAGAGCUGGCAUUGGAUUCUGUUGUGAAGAUUUUUACUGUGUCGAGUAGCCCUAAUUACUUCCUCCCUUGGCAGAACAAGUCUCAGCGCGAAACCAUGGGUUCCGGCUUUGUUAUUCCUGGAAAGAGGAUCCUUACAAAUGCUCACGUGGUUGCUGAUUAUACAUUUGUCCUUGUAAGAAAACAUGGUUCUCCUACCAAGUAUAGAGCUGAAGUCCAAGCAGUUGGUCAUGAAUGUGACUUGGCUAUUCUGGUUGUUGAAAAUGAGGAAUUUUGGCAGAACAUGAGUCCUUUGGAGCUUGGCAACAUUCCGUAUCUUCAAGAAGCUGUAGCUGUUGUUGGUUAUCCCCAAGUUCCCUGGACUUUCAGGCUAUUUGACCAGAAAUUGGCACUAAUUGCAGGUGGGGAUAACAUUUCUGUUACAAAAGGGGUUGUCUCUAGAGUUGAACCGACUCAGUACGUACAUGGUGCAACACAAUUGCUGGCAAUACAGAUUGAUGCUGCCAUAAAUCCUGGGAAUAGUGGAGGCCCAGCAAUUAUGGGUGACAAAGUUGCUGGAGUGGCUUUUCAAAACCUCUCAGGUGCAGAGAAUAUUGGAUACAUUAUCCCUGUCCCUGUAAUAAAACAUUUCAUUGCUGGCGUUGAAGAAAGAGGAAACUAUGUGGGAUUCUGCUCCUUGGGUUUGUCAUGCCAGUCAACUGAAAAUUUGCAACUUCGAGAACACUUUCAUAUGCAUCCAGGUUUGACGGGGGUGAUGGUGAGCAAAAUUAACCCACUCUCCAAUGCACAUAAAGUUUUGAAAAAGGAUGAUAUUCUCCUCUCAUUUGAUGGUGUACCCAUUGCAAAUGAUGGAACAGUUCCUUUCCGUAACAGAGAGCGAAUUACGUUUGAUCAUUUAGUCUCCAUGAAGAAACCAAAUGAAACUGCUGUACUUAAGGUAUUAAGGAAUGGUGAAGAGCAUGAGUUCGAUAUUACCCUCCAGCCGUUGCAGCCGUUAGUUCCAGUUCAUCAAUUUGAUAAGCUCCCAAGUUACUUCAUUUUUGCUGGUCUGCUCUUUGUACCCCUUACACAACCGUACCUUCAUGAAUAUGGAGAAGAUUGGUAUAAUACAUCCCCUCGUAGAUUAUGUGAACGAGCACUAAGGGAAUUACCAAGAAAAGCUGGUGAACAACUAGUCAUUCUUUCUCAGGUGUUGAUGGAUGAUAUCAAUACUGGUUAUGAGCGUCUUGCCGAAUUACAGGUGAAGAAGGUGGAUAAUGUGGAAGUCGAGAAUUUAAAACAUCUGUGCCAACUCGUUGAAGGCUGUGAGAAAGAAGCUAUAAGAUUUGACUUGGAUGAUGAAAGGGUGAUUGUUUUGAACUAUAGUAUGGCAAAAGUAGCCACAUCUCGUAUAUUACAACGACAUAGAAUCCCUAAUGCAAUGUCUGGUGAUCUUCUUAAUAAUGAACGAAAAGUGUCAAACAUUUCAUCAGCGUGUUCGAGCUGAGUUCUUUUGUUACUCUUUAUUUGAGCGUUCACCUUAAUUUUGUAGUUUCAAAUUCGAAAAGUAUUAAUGAGUUUUUAUUCUUGAUGAGCAAAUCAUUGAAC